AUGGCGGAGGCGGUGGAGCGCACCGACGAGCUGGUUCGCGAGUACCUACUGUUCCGCGGUUUCACUCACACGCUGCGGCAGCUAGAUGCCGAAAUCAAGGCGGACAAGGAGAAGGGCUUCCGGGUGGACAAGAUUGUGGACCAGCUCCAGCAGUUAAUGCAGGUUUAUGACCUGGCUGCCCUGCGGGAUUACUGGAGCUACCUGGAGCGCCGGCUCUUCAGCCGCUUGGAGGAUAUAUACAGGCCCACUAUCCAUAAACUGAAGAACAGCUUGUUCCGCUUUUAUCUCGUCUACACGAUCCAGACCAACAGGAGCGACAAGGCCCAGGAGUUCUUUGCUAAGCAGGCCGCGGAGCUGCAGAACCAGGCUGAGUGGAAAGAUUGGUUUGCGCUGCCAUUCCUGCCGUCUCCAGACACCAACCCCACCUUCGCCACCUACUUCUCGCGGCAGUGGGCUGACACCUUCAUUGUGUCAUUGCACAACUUCCUGAGUGUCCUGCUACAGUGCAUGCCGGUUCCCGUGAUCCUGAGCUUUGAUGCCGAGUGCCAGAGGACCAACCAGAUCCAGGAGGAGAAUGAAGUUCUGCGUCAGAAGCUGUUUGCACUGCAAGCCGAAAUUCACCGGCUGAAGAAAGAGGAGCAGCAGCCGGAGGAGGAGGAGGCCUCAGUCCAACAUAAAUUACCUCCUUACAUCUCCAGCAUGGACCGCCUGGGAGACUCGGAGCUAGCCAUGGUGUGCAGCCAGAGAGGUACUGCCCUCUCCCAGUCGCCGCGUGUGGGUUUCCUGUCCUCUUUGCUGCAGCAGAGCAAGAAGAGCCCCUCACGGUUGUCGCCCGCCCAGGGGCCCCAACAGUCCCAGAAUGCUGCCAGGAGAGAGGCCAUCGGCAACCAGACUGCCAAAGGCAAGGACCCGGUGCCUGGGGCCAAGGACGCAAAGGGCCUCUUCAGCGGGCUGACCAUCGGUGAGUCCAGCUGGCCACAGCCCCGGCAGCGGCGCCUGCAGGACCACAGCAAGGAGCGCAAGGAGCUGUUCUCAACCACCACGACCCAGAGUGCAGAGAAGAAGACGGAUGCCAGCAGCACGGAGGCCGAGCCCAGCCCAGAGCCCCCUGCUGAGCUGGUGGAGGUGCCCAUGAGGGGCCCCGACGGUGGUCGCCCUGAGCAGCCCUUCAUUGUGCUGGGCCAGGAGGAGUAUGGGGAGCACCACUCAUCCAUCAUGCACUGCAGAGUGGACUGCUCAGGAAGGCGGGUGGCCAGCUUAGACGUGGACGGGGUCAUCAAGGUGUGGUCCUUCAACCCCAUCAUGCAGACCAAAGCGUCCUCCAUCUCUAAGUCCCCACUGCUCUCUCUGGAAUGGGCCACCAAGCGGGACAGACUACUUCUCCUGGGCAGUGGGGUGGGCACCGUGCGCCUCUACGACACGGAAGCCAAGAAGAAUCUCUGUGAGCUCAACAUUGAUGACGACAUGCCCAGAAUCCUGUCUCUGGCCUGCAGCCCCAAUGGGGCCUCUUUCGUCUGCUCAGCUGCCGCUCCGAGCCUGGCCUCUCAGGUGGACGUGUCGGCACCUGACAACGGCGGCAGGGGCGUGAACCAGGUCCCUGGCAAACUGCUGCUGUGGGACACGAAGACCAUGAAGCAGCAGCUUCAGUUCUCCCUGGAUCCAGAGCCCAUUGCCAUCAACUGCACCGCCUUCAAUCACAACGGGAACCUGCUGGUGACUGGCGCUGCCGACGGUGUCAUCCGGCUGUUUGAUAUGCAGCAGCACCACUGCGCCAUGAGCUGGCAGGCCCACUGUGGGGAGGUCUGCUCAGUGGAGUUCAGCUAUGACGAGAACACCGUGUACAGCAUCGGCGAGGAUGGCAAGUUCAUCCAGUGGGACAUCCACAAAAGUGGCCUGAAGGUCUCCGAGUCCAGCCUCCCCCCUGAUGCCACAGGCCCUUUCGUGCUGUCUGGCUACAGUGGCUACAAGCAGGUGCAAGCUCCCAGGGGCCGGCUCUUUGCCUUCGACUCUGAGGGCCACUACAUGCUGACGUGCUCCACCACCGGGGGCGUCAUCUACAAGCUGGGCGGCGAGGAGAAGGUUCUGGAGAGCUGUCUGAGUCUGGGUGGCCACCGGGCCCCUGUGGUCACUGUGGACUGGAGCACAGCGAUGGACUGCGGGACCUGCCUCACGGCCUCCAUGGAUGGCAAGAUCAAGCUGACCACUCUGCUGGCCCACAAAGUCUGA